AUGACGGACUCCUCAGUUCCCCGUAUUCUUGAGAUUCUUUUAAGACUGCAGUUCUGCCAAGAAGUAUAUGCGAUUGGAUCCUGUGUCUGUGCAGAGCCUACUGACUACGGUUGUUUGUAGUGUACAGAGGCCAAAAAGCAUUGCUGGUACUUUGAAGGAUUAUAUCCUACAUAUUAUAUAUGUCGCUCCUAUGAGGAUUGCUGUGGUUCAAGAUGCUGCGUAAGAGCUCUCUCUAUCCAGCGACUAUGGUAUUUUUGGUUCCUUUUGAUGAUGGGAGUUUUGUUCUGUUGUGGAGCUGGCUUCUUCAUCCGAAGGCGGAUGUACCCUCCUCCACUAGUAGAAGAACCUACUUUUAACGUGUCUUACACCAGACAACCAGUCAACACUGCAUCAGGGUCACAACAACCUGGGGUGCCAUAUUACACAGAUCCAGGUGGACCUGUGAUGAAUCCCAUGGCUAUGGCUUUCCACGUCCAGCCCAAUUCCCCCCAAGGGAACCCAGUUUACCCACCCCCACCUUCCUACUGCAACACGCCACCUCCCCCCUACGAGCAGGUGGUGAAAUCCUCCACAUGAGGACUCUGUGGCUCUUGGACCUGACUGUACGAGAAGACGGUGCCAUUGCAAAAUGACAGAGAUGGAGGGCAUCUGCCCUUUUGAACACUUGCUAGUUCUCUAAAUCCUCUCUCCCUCCCUUCCUGCACCUUUCCUCAUUAAAGUUACUUGCAAAGGGGUGAUUUUUAAAUUUUUGUUUUGUUUUUGCAGUAGAAGUGGAUUUUUUCUUUGUCUUCAAAAUGAGAAAAGUUGUCUUUGUAAUGCUUUUAAUGGAAACCUAUAUUUAAAACCUGUAUGUCUUUCUCUUUAUUUAUUGUUUCGACCAUGUGUAUUAUUGCAUUGUGGCAGGCUACCAAUAACAACAGCUCUUUAUGCAAGCCCAAAGCGAUGGACAUUAUUCUAAGCCUCCAUUAGAUGAAAUGCCCUAAUUUAAGAGACAAAGAGGGUAGACGUAGAAGAGGCUGGGCAACGCUUUUACUGGAGAUGUUGACAACUGUCCUCUUCAUUUGGAGUUUUCUUGUAAAAACUCUCUUCUGAUGCUCAACAAAGAUGCGCUGUGGUAGAAGCAGCUAAGGGAGUGGGGCACUGGCGUUGGCUGAGUCGUGGCAAUGGCUUUGCCAAGUGCCCUAGAAGAGAGGGCUUCAUUGCUGUGAAUGGUGUAUCUAAGAAGAGAAUGACCAGGGCUUGAGUGCUUCUUGGCCAGCCCCUGGACUCUGCCUGUGUCAUCUUCAGCCUGGCUUCUCUUCCCCUUUUGAUGCCUUGCAGAUUUUGUUUUGUGCUAUAGCCAAAGGUGAGAUAGUAGGAAACAGCUGAUGACCUAAAUGUCAGUAGUGAGAGGGAAGCGUUGUAACCUCAGAGCUACUUGUGCUUGUGCCCCUAGACAUGUUAAGAAAUAUUGAAAUACCUAGUAAAAUUUUCUUCCCUAAAUUGGAAAAUAAUUAUAAUAAAAAGGAACAGGAGCCCACUCCCCAGUUUGUUCCCUUGAAAUUGAUGGGAAUUUUGUCACUGGGAAGUAAUAGUUUAGUUGUGUUCUUACUGCUGCCACAAAGAGUACAUAGUUAAGCUGUCACCUCCAGGUGACAGGUAUGCAACGUGCUCUCCUUCCUGUGCCAUAGUCAAAUAACCUUUUUUAAGAGCACUUCCUUUACCCAGUGCACAGGUGGUUUAGCUUUGCAGCUGCGGCUGGCACUUAGAUCUCUGUAUGCUUCGCUGUGAGUGUUGCCAGGGCCCCCGAUUCGUGCUCGUGGCUGGCUCUCUGAGUGAACCCAAGGCAACUCCUUCAAGAAAACACAAAGCCCUUUUCCUGAGAGAGUUGUUAGGCGCAUCUAUCUCUGGCAAAGACAUGAAGCUGUUCUCAGGAGUGACUGCAUAUCAGUGGCAUCUUCUCACCUGAUGUGUAUUCAGAGUCAUAUCACUAAUGAGCAGCAAAAAGAAGAUCCCAUUGCUUUUACUGCUGAAAGACUUGCAGAAACAGCACAGCUGAAAGUUAGGAGUCUGAUGUGGCCCUUUGGGUACCAGGUGGAUUACUGCUUCCUCACUGCUGAUACACUGAUUGCUCCUGUGUCACUCCAGCUAGGGCACGGAGGACACAGAGGUAAAUUUGAAGUAAUCUAAAAGACCUGUGUUGCUCAGGGAGCGAGUUUUGUUGUGCUACUAAUGCAUCUUACUGCUGCCAGUGGCUUGUGAGAAUUUGUUCCUAGAGAGCAAGCUAAAUUUGCAAAACUGACA